AUGGCUCCCUCAGCUGCCCCCACCUUGGACGACGGCGAGAGUGACUACGGAUCUGACUUUUCAAUAGGAGAGGAAGAUAUUGUAAAUAAGCUCUUAAAGGACUUAGGGAAUAAUACACCAUUGCUUAACAACACUAUAACUACCGCUCCCAAAUCUACGCAACUCGUCUCACCUAUCGUUUCUCCCAUCGCCUCACCCACCAGCACUACUGCGACGACUGCUAGUAGCUUGUCUAUCCCGCCCGUGCUGCCUACCCAAGAUGAUAAGCGCCAUGUGCCAAGUUUGUAUACUCGCUCCAACGGUACUCUUCCCAUUAAAAUCGAAGAACCUACGGCUGCUCACGAAUCUCUCAACUCGAAUUCAUAUGUAGCACCACCUUUGCCAUUAGGUGGCGUCCAAUACCCAGAUCUGAGUCGUAUCAUAUCCGAUCCUAAAUCUAAUACAACGUCCAAAUUAGAAUCCACCGAGCCUUCGAAAGAUGUCCCUUCUCCCCUGCAGCGUUUCCGUUCUUUUCCCAAAAAGCCGCUCACGGUCUCCGACUUCUCUUCUGGUGCUUGGUGCGAGCUACAGUACUGGUACACGCUUACCCUUUUACCUGGAGGGAGGAAGACGAGAACGGCGGCGAUGCGGGGUGGCACUCGUGUCCAUCAAACCUUGGAAGACCAGGUACAUACCACGGUCCAAGUCAGCAUUACCACCAAAGAAGAGGCGUUUGCACUACGAAUAUGGAACGUCAUCCAAGGCCUCCGCGCACUCCGGGAUAUCGGCAUGACCAGAGAGCUUGAAGUGUGGGGGAUCAUCGAAGGUCAAGUCGUAAACGGCAUCAUAGACGAAGUGAGCCAUGAUAGUCCAAACGCCGCUUUUGAGCAAGAGCUCAGCCAAUCCGAAUCAUCCAAGGGCUUCACCGCAAGCCACCAAAAACAGCAGACGUCCAUGACAGAUUUUUUGGAACCGCCUCGUAAAAAGUUUUACUUGACUGAUGUCAAAACAAGAGGUUCGGAUAGACUGCCUACCGGCGCCGCCCUCAGGCCCGCCAGGGUCCAGUUAUUCUUGUAUCAUCGACUUUUGGGCGAGAUGGCCUCUGGUGUCGUAGAUUUUACUGCUAUUUUGGAUCGAUAUGGCCUUACAGCUGAUGCCUUAUUUUCUGAUGCUUUCAUGGCUCAGGUAGGUGACUUACACGAUGAGAUAUUUUACGACGCGGAUUCGGAUGUUGGGGGUGCUUCAUCGUCUCAUUCUACGCGUAGCGAGUGUAAUACCGAUUGGUCGGAUCCGUCUUCAAACCAGCUUCCUCAAGAUCUAAUCAAAUAUCGAUCCAUUACGCAGAUACUUCCGCUAUUACAGUCCGAACUACGCGAAACCUUUCCGCAGGGCGCCACCACCAUCGGCGAACUUCUCGCUGUCCAGUAUCGCCACAGGGAGGAUGGUCGCAUUCUUGGUAAUAAUUCGUUUCCUAACGAUCCCGAGGCUUUAGAAGGGUACCUCGGACGGAACCUCGAGUGGUGGCGCGGCGAGAGGGACGCCGAGGGUGUUUCUAUCGAAGAGACUUAUAAGUGUAGGUCAUGUGAAUUUGCGGAAAGUUGUCAAUGGCGAAAGGACAAAGAGACCGAAUUUUUACGGAACAAAAGGGGCAUCACAGGCGUAAGGACUUAA